AUGAGGCGCAUGCGCGGUGCUGGACGGCGCUGGAGCUGCGGGCCCGGCGCGGGCUCGCGGAGGGGCCGGGGGGCAGCCGUUGGCGGAGGCGAGGCGGCGUGCGGCUGGCGGGGCCUGGCGGGCGGCUCGCCGCAGCAGCUGGCGGAGCGAUACGCGGACUUGGCCGCCAGCCACAGCGAGGCGGUGCGGGCCCGCGAGGAGCGGGAGCGCCAGAACGUGCGGCUGCGGGACGAGAACGCGCGGCUGCGGCUGGAGAACCGCCGGCUGAGGCGGGAGAACCGCAGCCUCUUCCGCCAGGCGCUGCUGGGGCCCGGCCCGGAGCCCGACGCGCCGCCCCGCCCGGGCUCCGCCCCCGAGCAGCAGCAGCAGGAGGAGGAAGCGGCGCUCGCGGGCCAGCUGCGGCGGCUGCAGGAGAGGCACCGCCGGGCCCUGCAGCAGCUGCGGCGCCGCCGAGCCCAGGACGGGCUGGAGGAGGACGGGGAGCUGGACGAGCUGCUGCGGGAAUUGGACGGGGAGCAGCAACAGCCCCCAGGGCAGCAGCCGCCGGAGAAGAAGAGCCUGGUGCCGCCCCUAUAACCAGGGGGAGGCUGACGGGGCUCCGCAGUGGUUUGGGGACCCCCCCACUGCCAGAUCACUGGGGUGAGGAGCCCCUAUCACUCUCCAGCCCCCCUUUGCUACCUGAGGCGGACCCAGCUGGCUGCACUCUGGGGCCGCCUCACAGCGGGGCUCCUCUGCCCCACAGGUUUUUGGGGUCCCAGAAGUAGGCACGGGAGCUUUUUGCAGGAGAAGCCACAGCAUCUGGAGGAGGCCCCAAGGAGCCCCACGUCGCAGGAGGGAAAGGGCCUCACAGCAGCAGGUGCCUCGUGCCCUUGGAUGUUGAGGAGAAGUUCGUCCUAGAGGGAGAAAUGGAUUCUGGACUUUGCCGCCUCCUGGCAUUGCCCUGUCUGCCUUCUCUGCUUUGAUUUGGACCUGUGUGUCUAGUUAUCUUUGUGCAGGAGUGAACAAAUCUCAUAGAGGCCAUAAUAGCCCUGUAGAUGACCCAACAAUGGCACAUUUGUUAGCCUGCUACUAGGUUUUAGUACCCAUGUAUAUCAGUUUAAAAAAAUGAAAAGUUUGUGUGCCAGAUUUAUUUUGACAGCACUUUAAAUGAAAGCUGAUAAUCCUCGGAAUCCUUCUGAAUUGGUUGGAUAUCAUCUGCAACUCCAUUCUCUGUAUAUCUUUGACUAUUGCUUUGUUCAUCCUUGUCUGUUGCAUAAUUGGUCUAGACAUGGCACUUCCAAUUCAUAAAACUACAGGUCAUACUAAAUAAAUCCUUGACACACCAAAA